GCAUUUCAGGUUCACAGCAGCAGCCAAAAUGAUGUCCUUUUUCCCUCUGUUGCUGGUGGGCAUCCUGUUUCCUGCCGUGCAGGCCAAGCAACUUACCAAAUGUGCGCUGUCUCAUGAGUUGAACGACCUUGCCGGCUACCGAGACAUCACUUUGCCUGAAUGGCUCUGUAUCAUAUUUCAUAUCAGUGGUUAUGACACACAAGCCAUAGUGAAAAAUAGUGACCACAAAGAGUACGGACUUUUCCAGAUAAAUGAUAAAGAUUUCUGUGAGAGCAGCACGACUGUUCAAUCAAGGAACAUUUGUGACAUUUCCUGCGACAAGCUCCUGGAUGAUGACCUUACUGAUGACAUAAUGUGUGUCAAGAAGAUCCUGGAUAUCAAAGGAAUUGACUACUGGUUGGCCCACAAACCACUGUGCUCUGACAAGCUGGAGCAGUGGUACUGCGAGGCACAGUGAGCACCUGAUGUAUCUGCCAAUCCUGCUCUUCCCAUACACCCAGAACCCCUCUUCCCUCAUGCUACCCCAGUUUACCUUUUUCUGCCCCUGAAUAUGAUUUGUCUCUGAGCCCUGGAUCCUGUAGUGACACUGUUUGGCUCUUGAGGACUGUUGUCUAAGGAUGCAUGACUGGUGCACUGGACAUUAGACACUCAGUGCCCUUGAACUACACCAACAAAUCCCACUUCUGUCCUGAAUAAAGGCCCUGAUUUGG